AUGCUGCUUCCCCCAGGGUCACAGAACCCAUGGGGCAGCCCCCCAGGCGGUGGCGGUGGUGCCGGUAACGCAUUUCUAUCCAGCAAUCGUCCGGUGAUUGCCGAUCUUGCUCUGGCUGCCCUGAAGGAGCGUGGUGAGGUGCAGAAGAGGCGCAUUUGCCCACAGUUCCGUACCGACCGAUCGUUAUGUUUAAUGACCAAGAAAAAUCCCAUACGGCGGUUUUGUAUAGGUAUCGUAGAUGCAAAACCAUUUGAUUAUUUUAUUCUGGCAACGAUCUUAUGCAAUUGCAUGGCCCUCGCUUUCAAUCACCCCUAUCCCGGAGAGGAUUCCAACACAGUCAAUAUGGUUUUGGAAAAAGUUGAAUUGGCCUUCGUCAUCAUAUUUACCACGGAAUCCGCCUUGAAGAUCAUCGCCUACGGUUUUGUGUUACAUCCUGGAGCGUAUUUGAGAACAUUUUGGAACGUACUCGAUUUCUCCAUUGUUCUUAUCGGUUUGUCUUCGAAGGCACUGGAAAACAUGAAUGUUGAUGUCAAAGCCCUCCGAGCAUUUAGAGUGUUACGACCCCUACGGUUACUCUCAGGUCUUCCGAGUCUUCAGGUUGUGUUGAACUCCAUCAUUACGGCCAUGGUUCCGCUUUUACACAUUGCCCUUUUGGUCAUUUUCGUGAUCAUUGUGUAUGCGAUUGUCGGUUUGGAAUUAUUUCAGAGCAAAUUGCAUUUCACGUGCUAUCGAAACACAUCCCUUGCGCCUGAAAUGAUGCCCAACCCACGGCCAUGUACAAAGAACACUUCAGCCAUGGGAUUCAAAUGCAGCGAGUUGGGACCGGAGUACUAUUGCGAGGACAUGUGGGGAAAAGAUGCGGAACGGUACACCGGACCACAGGGUGGAAUUAUCAGUUUUGACAACUUCCUGUAUUCCAUGCUAACUGUGUUUGUCUGCAUCACCAUGGAAGGAUGGACUAGUACGGGAUAUUAUGUGUCAGACGCUAUCGGAUCGUGGUGGCCUUGGAUCUACUUUGUGACACUCAUUUUGCUCGGUUCAUUCUUUGUCAUGAAUCUUGUGCUUGGUGUUUUGAGCGGUGAAUUUAGCAAAGAAAAAGAAAAGAUUGAUCGCACUCUCCUGUUUCGCAAAGAAAGGCAAGAGAAACGGGAGCAACAGGACUAUCUAGGUUACAAGGAAUGGAUCGAACUGGCAGAGGAACUAAGCGAUUCCGAGGGCGAAGAUAAAACCAGUGAAGAUGUGGAAUCCGGUAAGUUUUUCCGCACUAUUCUACUGCACUAA